GCACACAAAGACAAAAUCCCCAUUUCUCCAUGAUCUCAACAACCCAUAUAAUAUAAAUACCAAAAUCCCCAUUUCAUAAACCAUUUGUUUCAGAAACCACACACAUCUUCACCGGCAAUUGAAAAAUCGCCAUGGCUACCUCCUCCAUUGCAAGCCUCAACUCACCUUCAAGGUUGCUUUCCAUUCCAAAAGAGCCAUACCCAUCUUCCCAUUUCUCCUCAAACCUGCUCAAGUUUGCAGCUCCCAGAACCCCUUCUUCUUCUGUCUCCUGCUCCCUCACAAGAGACCCUGCCUCUGUUCUUCCACUGGAGCAACGCGUCGAGCUCAACAAUGGGGCGCUUCUGCAUCAGAGACCUGAUUCAUUUGGCAGGUUUGGGAAGUUUGGUGGCAAGUAUGUCCCUGAAACUCUAAUGCACGCUCUCACCGAGCUUGAGGCGGCGUUUCAUUCCCUCACUGCUGAUGAGGAUUUUCAGAGAGAGCUGGCUGGAAUUCUAAAAGAUUAUGUUGGUCGGGAGAGUCCUCUUUAUUUUGCAGAAAGGUUGACAGAGCACUACAAGAGGCCUAAUGGUGAAGGGCCUCACAUUUAUCUGAAGAGGGAAGAUCUUAAUCACACCGGGGCUCACAAAAUUAACAAUGCUGUUGCCCAGGCUUUGCUUGCCAAGAGUUUAGGCAAGAAACGCAUUAUUGCUGAAACUGGAGCCGGUCAGCAUGGAGUUGCCACUGCAACUGUAUGUGCUCGAUUUGGUCUAGAAUGCAUUAUUUAUAUGGGUGCACAGGAUAUGGAAAGGCAGGCACUCAAUGUUUUCAGGAUGCGUCUUCUUGGUGCUGAGGUGAGACCUGUCCAUGCCGGGACUGCCACUCUCAAGGAUGCUACAUCAGAGGCUAUAAGGGACUGGGUGACUAAUGUAGAGACUACUCAUUAUAUUUUGGGUUCUGUGGCUGGGCCGCAUCCAUAUCCAAUGAUGGUAAGGGAGUUUCAUGCUGUGAUUGGCAAGGAAACCAGAAAGCAAGCUUUGGAAAAAUGGGGAGGGCUACCAGAUGUCCUGAUUGCUUGUGUUGGUGGAGGUUCAAACGCCAUGGGACUUUUCCAUGAAUUUGUUGAUGACAAAGAUGUUAGGCUAAUUGGUGUGGAGGCUGCUGGAUUUGGCCUGGACAGUGGCAAGCAUGCUGCGACAUUAACGAAGGGAGAAGUUGGGGUUUUGCAUGGAGCUAUGAGCUAUUUGCUUCAGGAUGAUGAUGGCCAAAUAGUCGAGCCUCACUCUAUCAGUGCAGGCUUGGACUACCCUGGCGUUGGACCUGAACAUAGCUUUUUGAAGGAUUUAGGGCGUGCUGAAUAUUAUAGCAUCACUGAUGAAGAAGCAUUGGAAGCUUUCAAGAGAGUUUCACGACUUGAAGGCAUAAUUCCAGCUCUGGAGACAUCUCAUGCGUUGGCAUACCUAGAGAAAGUGUGUCCAACCCUUCCUAAUGGAACCAAGGUUGUGCUUAACUUCAGUGGCCGAGGUGAUAAGGAUGUUCAAACUGCUAUCAAGUACUUGAAGGUUUGAAAUUUGAGUAGUUCAUGUUCUUGUGUAGACCAGUGUUUUAGCUCUUGAAUAGACUUCAUUUUCAUACUAUUUUAAUUAAGAGACAGGAUAAGGUUGAGUUUUACUGUGCUAAAUCAAGUGGUUAAAGAACCAUUGUAUAUUUUGGGUCACAGAACUGCGGCUAUUCAAUAUGUAAUGUACUUCUGUUUUGAAUAACACGAUAAAAUGUGGUGAAUGCAAUGACAACCUGCUGUGGAAACUUGCUGCAUGAA